UACAUGAGACAUCAAAUCAGUUUCGUUGAACAACUCAAUACUAAAACAACAAUGAAAUUUCUACUUUUCAUAAAUAUAAUUUGCGUUCUAGUGGUAGCAAAUCGGGCAGCGGUGGCAAUCGGUUUUUACAAUAAUUCAGAUCAUCCAGGAAAGUGUGUGGUGGAAGGUUUAAUAUUAUCGCCUGGUGAAACAGCUAAAUAUCCUUCUGGAUGCGCAAAAAUGAUUUGCCAUGACAAUGGCAUAGUCACAUUUAGUAGUUGUGGAUCGAUGCAGCCGCCACCGGGAUAUAUAAUGGGCGGACCUAGUAAUCCUUCAGCCCCCUAUCCAAAAUGUUGCAGAAGGCCAUUAAUUCUAAUUAUAUAACAAAGUUUAUACUUUGAGAUAAAAUAAAAUACGUUUGCAAAAAUGCAGUGAAGGAAA